AUGACAAACCGGACAGUAAAAUCCUUCAAGAAAUCUGCUGUCCCAGGAGUUCUUAUCACCCAGUUUGUGGAUAAUAUUCCAAAUGGGUGCAGUACACCUGACUUUGAGCGGAAACCUGUUUCUCUGACAUUGCAGGAAGGUAAGGAUGCCAUUUUCAGAGCUGUGGUCAAAGGUGUCCCAACCCCUGAGGUGAAAUGGGCACGUGGCCAAGGAGCAAUGGAUGAUCCUGCCAAAUAUGAAAUAUUCUUCAAUAAUGCCACAAGUGAAUUCAUUCUGCAGAUAAAGAAGCUCACGGUGGGUGACAGCGAUUUGUAUCGUUGCUUUGCUGUGAAUGAAUACGGGGAAGCUUCCUGCUCUGUUGGGCUCAGGAUCAUACAAGUUGGCUUUAAGAGGAAGGCGAAAUAUGUUCCUGUUCAUGCUGCUGAUGAGUUAAAGAAGAAGCUUCAGGACUCCAGGAAGAUGCUGAGGAAGCGGGCCCCAACACCAAAACCCAAACCCUUGGACAAAGAAGCAGUCUGGCAACUGUUGCUGCAUGCAGACAAGAAAGAUUAUGAGAAAAUCUGUUUGAAAUAUGGAAUUGUUGACUUUCGUGGGAUGCUGAGAAGGCUGCAGGAGUUGAGGAAGGACACAGAGAGUGAACAAGGAGAGUUAAUAAACAGUAUCAAAAACUUUGAACACAUCAAAGUCAACAAGGAGGGAAAAGCUACGUUCUCUCUGGAGAUGGACCUGAAAAGCAGUAGCAGCAAAGUUUAUCUGCUUAAGGAUGGUGAGAGGCUCAGAUACGGAAUGGGGGAUGAGUACAGAAAACACUGCCUGAGGCGAAUUGGCAAAAAGUAUAAUUUCAUUAUCAACGAUGUGCAGCCAGAAGACGCAGGCUUGUAUCAGGUCAGGGUGGAGGACAUACCUGUUUUCUCAACUGAACUGGAAGCUGAAGCCAUCCCUGUGAGAUUUGAGAAGCCACUCAGGGACAUGCGUUGUCCCGAGGAAGAAGAUGUUGUCUUUGAGUGUAUCCUACGCACGCCCUGCUUCGACCCUGUGUGGCUGCACAAAACCCACCUCCUCGAGUCGAGCGAGAAGCACCAGAUCUCCUUCACACCCGACGGCCUCACCCACAAGCUCGUCAUCAAGAAGGUUGCCCCCUCUGACAACGGCAUGUACACGCUCGACACUGGGCUCUGCUCCUCGAAUGCCUGGCUUAUCGUGGAGUAUGCCAAAGGAAAGAGGAGACAGGAUGAAGGAGGUGAAAGAGAGAAAACUGGGUGGAGGAAAGAAACAUUGCCAGAUACAGAAGUGGCUAAGAAACUUCGACGCGGAGAAUAUCAUGGUGAUGAAGAUCAUCUUAUGGACACUGGCAUGGAAGAUGAUGGCUGGUACAGAACUGUUGAAGACGGCAGUGAUGCUGAUGGAGUCCCUAGAUUUUUGGGAAAAGAGAGGCUACGCAAAGUUGACAUAAGUGAAAAGAUGGGGGUUGGGCAGUCUUCUGGAGCAGACCUAGAUGGAGAGUCAGUGGAAAAUGCUGGUAGUCCUUUUGGAUUUAAGGGCUUUGGAGGCAAAGGUGGAUUAAGGCCCGUCCAUGGCAAGGAUGGUAUGACAGGCAGAGAAGAUACUGGUGAUGAAUUGCGAGGAGCAAAUGAGUGGCACUCUGUGGUUGGCAGACAUAAGGGCACGCUGGGUGCCAAUAACAUUGACAUGGAUGAUGAAGGUGUCAGCUCCCAGCAUAACAAGGAUGGGAAAUUAGGUGAUACCAGUUACAGAGCUGGUUUUGGGGGUGCUGGAAGAUUAGGUGCUACUGAUGGAAGUUCUGUGUUAGAUGAAUUCGAUCCAGAUUCAACUGGAAUGGGAGACGGUAGGGGUGAUCUAUUCAGCAGGACUGGUUCAGGGACUGGAGCUAGAAAGAAUGCUGCAGGUACAGAGAUUGCAGGAGGAAUGAGGUCCCCCUAUGGCAAGGAUGGUUUGUCCACUGAAGGCGACCUGAAUGGAGCAAGUGUAAACAGAGAGGGACAAAUAGGGACCUUCUAUGGCAGCGAUGGCCGGCCCCUUCAUGGUAGCAGUCGUUUAGGUACAGCAGGAAGGUCUGGCUUACUGUAUGGCCCAGAUGGUCUUCCAGCUGGACACGGGGCUACAUCUAGUGAAGAUGGCAGUUCUAUGGGGGAGAUGGAGACUUUAUAUGGUCCAGGUGGAUGGCAAGUUGGAGGAGGUGUUGGUGGUACUGGUUUAGCUGGUGCAGGAGGAGUUGGGGCUCCCUAUGGGAAGGAUGGUCUUCCAGCUGGUGCUGGUGUUGGUGGUGCUGGUGUAGCUGGUGCAGGGGGAGUUGGGGCUCCUUAUGGAAAGGAUGGUCUUCCAGCAGGAGGAGGCUUUGGUGGUGCUGGUGUAGCUGGUGCAGGAGGAGUUGGGGCUCCCUAUGGAAAGGAUGGUCUUCCAGCAGGAGGAGGCUUUGGAGGAGGCUUUGGUGGUGCUGGUGUAGCUGGUGCAGGAGGAGUUGGGGCUCCCUAUGGAAAGGAUGGUCUUCCAGCAGGAGGAGGCUUUGGUGGUGCUGGUGUAGCUGGUGCAGGAGGAGUUGGGGCUCCCUAUGGAAAGGAUGGUCUUCCAGCAGGAGGAGGCUUUGGAGGCUUUGGUGGUGCUGGUGUGGCCGGUGUAGGAGGAGUCGGGGCUCCCUAUGGGAAAGAUGGUCUUCCAGCUGGGGCUGGUUCUGGCUUUGGUGGUGCUGGUGUGGCCGGGGUAGGAGGAGUUGGGGCUCCCUAUGGGAAAGAUGGUCUUCCAGCUGGUGCUGGUUCUGGUGGUGCUGGUGUAGCUGGUGCUGGAGGUGCUGGAUCUCCAUAUGGGAAGGAUGGUCUUCCAGCUGGUGCUGGUUCUGGUGGUGCUGGUGUAGCUGGUGCAGGAGGAGUUGGGGCUCCUUAUGGGAAGGAUGGUCUUCCAGCUGGUGCUGGCAUCGCUGCUGGUGCUGAUGUUGGUGGUGCUGGUGUAGCUGGUGUAGGAGGGGCUGGGGCUCCCUAUGGAAAGGAUGGUCUCCCAGCUGGAGGGGGCUUUGGUGGUGCUGGUAUUGCUGGUGCAGGAGGAGUUGGGGCUCCCUAUGGAAAGGAUGGUCUCCCAGCUGGGGCUGGGGUAGGAGCUGGUCAUUUUCCUUUUGGAGGUGAUGACCUUACGGGAGCUCGGCAUGGCAGGGACGCUGCACUGAGCAGAGUUCAAGGGUAUAUAGGUGGAGCAGGAGGAGAUGGCUUUUCCUCCGAAGGUGGUGGUAUUGGUGGCUCUGCAAUGCGGGGUGCUGGGUCUCCCUAUGGCAAGGACAGUGGGUCAGAUGGAGCCAGGGCUGUCGUGGGAGGCGUUGGCAGGUUGGGAGGUGACGAAAGGGAGUUACGGUCAGUCCAUGGUAAAGAAGGUGGACGAGGUGGUGAACGUGGGCUGGAUUCCCAUCCUGGCAAAUAUUCUAUGGAAGGUGAAAUUGGAAAGGGUGGUGAUUUCAGAGGAUCAGGGCACAAAGGUUCAUCUGAAGACAGAGAUUCACUUUCAGGUCAAGGAGAUGCUAGAGGGAAGGGCAAAGAUUUAGGACAGUUUGGCUCCCCUUAUGGCAAAAAUGCUGCCUUUGGAGGGGCAUGGAGUAAAUCCUAUAACAGAGCUAUUGGUGGGAGCGGUUCAGGUGGAUUUAGUCAAGGUUCCCUGGAUUAUGGUCAGAUGUCAGAUCUUUAUGGUGGACCUCCUUCAAUAAACCAGAAGAAAGAGGAACCCAGCCUUGAUUUUAAAGCAAAUGACUUCUUGACAAAUACGGACAGUAUUGGAAAAAGAAGACGUUAUUGCCUAGAUGAUCUGAAAGCACCGCGCUGUCAUCUCAACAAACACUUAAUCAACGUCAGGGUCCAGAAGGGUGAACCAGCUGAGCUGUCUUGCACCGUCAGCAAACACGACGUGGUAGGAACCUGGUUUAAAGAUGGAUUGAAGUUAACAAGCAUGGAGGGAGUCUCUUUUGAAAAGGAAGGUCUAGUCCACAAACUAGUUAUUAACAAAGUGGAAGAUAUUCAUGCUGGGAAAUACAGGUUUGAAGGUGGAGAUAUAAAAACGGAAGCUUCAAUUUUUGUUGAAGAUCCUCCGCAGGUUGACAAAGUUCUCCUCAGAAACCUAGCGAGUGUUCCUACUGUGGCCAAGGCAGGGGAGACCGUGAAGAUCAAAAUCCCUUUCGAGGGCCGCCUGCCGGUCAGAGCAACGUGGCUGAAGGACAAGAUGGAGCUCAUGGAUGACACGAGAGUUCGUGUUGACAAAACAGACACCUUUACCAUGCUGUCCAUCUCCAACAGUGAGAGAAAGGACUGUGGGGAUUACAAAGUCAGGCUGAAGAAUGACAGUGGCAUCCUGGAUAUCAACUUAAAGCUUGUGGUGAUAGACAAGCCACAGCCACCUACAGGACCCAUCAAAAUUGUAGAAAGCUCCGCAAGCGACAUAACCAUUCAGUGGAACCCUCCAAAGGAUGAUGGGGGCAAACCAGUGCAAAGCUACAUUAUCGAGAGGCAGCAGGUGGGGAAGGGCGAGUGGGUGACUCUGGGAGAAACCCCCAAGAGCUGCACUACCUUCACCACCAACAAAGUGGAACAAGACAUGAGCUACUACUUCAGGGUGAGGGCUGUGAACGCUGAGGGUGCCAGUGAUGCGCUGGAAUCAGGGGAAGUGAAGGCUGUCAGUAAAGCUUCACCUGGUGCCCCAGAUCCCCCUGAGAUUGUCAGUGCCAGCAGAGACACCAUCACAAUAUCCUGGAAAACACCUCGUAAAACUGGCAGUUCCCGAAUUGUGGGGUACAUCGUUCAAAAACGCAAGAAGGGCACCACGACCUGGCUGCCGGUCAACAGUGUGCCCAUAGCAGACAAGAAGCUGAAGAUGACCAAUCUGAAGAAAGGUCUGCAGUAUGAAUUCCGGGUGGCAGCUGUCAACGCUGCUGGUGUUGGAGAUGCCAGUGAACCAUCACAGCCUGUCUAUGCACGGGAUUCCACGAAAUCUCCAGGUCGAGUGCAGGACUUUAAAGUGAGCAGCAGUAACAGCACUAGUGUCACCUUGACAUGGAAGAGACCUGAUGCGAAAGAUGGGAGUGAUGUGAAAGGCUAUGAGGUGGAGAUACGGUCUUCUAACAACCUCAACUGGACCAAAUGCAACACCCUUCCCAUAGAGGCAACCACUUACACAGUUAAAGGCCUCCUCGCCAAGGAGAGGUACUUCCUACGGGUGAGAGCCCUCAAUGACAGUGGCCCAGGAGAAGCCACAGAGAUUGAAGCUGUCAUGGAAUCUGCUGCUCCUGUAGUGCCUCCCAGGUUCCAGAUCGAUGACACUGUGAAAAGCUUCCUGCUUAUAAAAGCAGGAAAUACCAUCCGAGUGAAUAUUCCCUUUGAAGCAUCUCCAGAUCCAGUGGUGACCUGGUUCAAGGAUGGGCUUCCUCUUCCAGACCGGGCUACAGUAAACACCAAAGAUGAUACCACCCAGCUGCUGAUUGGAGCUGCCGAGUUCACUGACACUGGCACCUACACCGUCGAGCUCCAGAACGGCUUAGGGAAAAGGGAAACGUUCAGCUUCCAAGUUCAAGUUACAGAUAUCCCCCAAUCUCCUGGACCUAUUCAGUUGCGAGAGAAUGUUCCAAAUACGGUGACAGUGACCUGGGAGCCCUCAGCAUCUGAGAAAUGGGAAAGCAAUCUCUACUACACGGUCCUGAAACGCGAAUCGCAGAAGGGCGUGUGGCGCGUGGUGGGCGACCUCAUCUAUACCAACAAGUUCACCUUCACCAAACUGAUCCCAGGCCGUGACUACUACUUCAGGGUUGUGGCCAAAAAUAACUUGGGAACCAGUGGUCCCUCUGAAACUGUGCAGCCUUGGAGAAUUAAAAAACCAAAGGUUGAAUGUCAAGUCAGACCACAGAAAUACAAAGGAGUUAAUCAGAACCAGCCCCCGAGAUUCCUCGUCCCAUUGAAGCCUCACGUGGUGACCACCGGGAGCGAGUGCCACAUGAGCUGUGCGGUUGGAGGCCACCCACCCCCAAAGGUCAGGUGGUACAAGAACAGUAAAGACCUCUCCAACGAUCCUUCCUAUUUUUGCACAAACGACUUUGGUGUCUGCUCCCUGGUCGUCCUGGGUGUCACAAAGCAAGAUGAAGGAGAAUAUGUGGUGGAAGCCACCAACGAAUUGGGCCGUGCAUUAAGCAGAGCCUUCCUCACUAUUAAAGGUAACAAUCUUUGA